CCCAGACAUACUCGAAGCGGGAGCCCGAAACACCUUCAAGGGGACUAACUCCCAAACCAACGAACCGAGUUUGGCUCUAUUUCAUUUAGAAGUGCAUUCUGCCCAUCUGGUGUCUUACUUUCCUUGGGUUUCCCGGUUUUGACUGUGAGUGCCAUCAUUGAUUGCACUUGUUGUCAGCGGGCGAGACCGCGUCUUACACCUUCGCAUUCGUUGGUUCAAUGUUUACACGACUGGCCUGCGACGACCACACAGCCAGGAGAUAACACAUCCUCCCCCGACCCUCCUAUGAUCUUUCUCCACCCCAACCUCUCCAUCGAGUACGCACAUGAUGUCGUCUGUCCGCAAUAACCCCUUCUCGAGAAAUGCCUCGGCCUCGCCGGCUCCGAGCAGCGCGGGCAGGCCCAAGUCAGCCAUAUUUGGAUCAACAUCAUCCCCUCUAUUAACAGCUUCCACGCCAUCACCACAUACUAGGAACCAGUCCCAUGCUUCAUCAGCGACCGCACUCGCUCAACCAAGUUCGGCAGCAUCGCGGCAUGUCAGGGGCUACUCGAGAGAGAGCACCCCCACUUCGAAUACCUUUGCGCCGUCCUUCAUAAAAACGGAAGAAAUGCGGAAACCUACAGAUAUUGUCAGAGGUAUCGAGGGCGAGAACGAUUUCUCCGGCAAGAGAUACGUGUGGCUUAAGGAUCCACAGGUGGCAUUUGUGAAGGGUUGGGUCGUUGAAGAGCUGGGAGGAAACAGGAUACUGGUUCAAUGUGACGAUGGAACUCAACGUGAGGUCGACGCCGAGAGCGUUGACAAGGUCAAUCCAGCCAAGUUCGACAAGGCGCACGAUAUGGCGGAACUCACGCACCUCAACGAAGCGUCCGUGGUUCACAAUCUGCAGAUGAGAUACCAGUCAGACCUCAUCUACACCUAUUCGGGCCUGUUCUUGGUGACAGUAAAUCCUUACUGCCCUCUGCCCAUCUACACCAACGAGUAUGUCAACAUGUACAAGAGCCGAAGCCGAGAGGACACAAAACCCCACAUCUAUGCCAUGGCCGACGAGGCAUUUCGAAAUCUCGUCGACGAGGGCCGGAACCAGAGUAUCCUCGUCACUGGCGAGUCUGGCGCAGGGAAGACGGAGAACACCAAAAAGGUCAUUCAGUAUCUCGCGGCAGUUGCACGCUCCGAGUCGUCAGCGGCGAAGAAUAGGGGCCAGCAACAGCCCAACCUGUCGGCCCAGAUCCUCCGAGCAAACCCAAUUCUCGAGGCUUUUGGAAAUGCCCAAACAGUGCGGAAUAACAAUUCCUCGCGGUUCGGCAAAUUCAUCCGCAUAGAAUUCACGCGCAACGGCUCCAUCGCCGGGGCUUUCAUCGACUGGUAUCUUCUCGAGAAGUCGCGGGUUGUGCGGAUUAACUCGCACGAGCGGAACUAUCAUAUCUUCUACCAGCUCCUAAAGGGAGCGGAUAGGAAGCUGAAGCAAGAGUUCCUCCUAGAGGGCCUCGACGUGGAGGACUUUGCCUAUACACGCGACGGACACGAUACCAUUACCGGAGUCUCGGACCACGAGGAAUGGGAAUCGCUGACGGAAGCGUUUGGCGUCAUGGGCUUCUCGGACAAAGAGCAAGCCUCGAUCCUCCGCACCAUUGCCGCGGUGCUACACCUGGGCAACAUCACAGUAGUGAAGGAGAGCCGAUCGGCGGACCAGGCGCGACUCGCGCCGGAUGCCAAGGAGGUGGCCGCCAAAGUCUGUAAGCUGCUCGGAGUACCGCUGGAGCCCUUCCUGCGAGGCCUGCUCCACCCCAAGGUGAAGGCAGGGCGGGAAUGGGUGGAAAAGGUGCAAACCCCCGAACAAGUCCGCCUGGGCAUCAACGCUCUGGCAAAGGGCAUCUACGAGAGGGGGUUCGGCGACCUUGUGUCCCGAAUCAACCGGCAACUUGAUCGCAACGGCAUGGGCAUGGAUGAUUCUCACUUCAUUGGUGUCCUUGAUAUCGCUGGUUUCGAGAUAUUCGAGCAAAACAGCUUUGAGCAGCUGUGCAUCAACUACACCAACGAGAAGCUGCAGCAGUUCUUCAACCAUCACAUGUUCGUCCUGGAGCAAGAAGAAUACGCGAGGGAACAGAUCGAGUGGAAGUUCAUCGACUUUGGGCGGGACCUUCAGCCGACUAUCGACUUGAUCGAGCUGCCCAACCCCAUCGGCAUCUUCUCGUGCCUCGACGAAGACUGCGUCAUGCCAAAGGCGACCGACAAGAGCUUUACCGAGAAGCUAAACUCGCUAUGGGACAAGAAAUCUCCAAAGUACCGACCAUCUCGCCGCGGCAAUGGAUUCGUUCUCACGCACUACGCCGCUGCAGUCGAGUAUUCCACCGAAGGCUGGCUUGAGAAGAACAAGGACCCCCUGAACGACAACAUCACGCGCCUGCUCGCCGCCUCGACGGACAAGCAUAUGGCGACGCUGUUUGCUGACUGCGCUGAGCAGGACGACGAGGUGUCUGCUGUCCGCAGCAGGGUGAAGAAGGGUCUCUUCCGCACCGUUGCCCAGAGACACAAGGAGCAACUGUCGAGUCUCAUGGCCCAGCUCCACUCAACCCACCCUCACUUCGUGCGUUGUAUUAUUCCCAACCAUAAGAAGAGGCCGAAGCAAUUCAAUAAUCUCCUGGUUCUGGAUCAGCUGCGCUGCAACGGCGUUCUCGAAGGCAUCCGCAUCGCCCGGACCGGUUUCCCCAACCGCCUUCCGUUUGCCGAGUUCCGCCAACGGUACGAGGUUCUCUGCCAACACAUGCCCAAGGGAUACCUAGAGGGGCAGGCUGCGGCGAUACUCAUGCUCGAGAAGCUCGGCCUUGACAAGGCCCUCUACCGAGUCGGGCUGACCAAGGUCUUCUUCCGCGCCGGAGUCCUAGCCGAGCUGGAGGAGCAGCGCGACGCGCUGAUUACCGAGAUAAUGUCCCGGUUCCAGUCCAUGGCCAGGGGCUUCACCCAGCGCAGGAUAGCCUUCAAACGACUCUACCGGGCGGAGGCCACGCGGGUGAUCCAGCGCAACUUCCAUGUGUACUUGGACCUCUGCGAGAAUCCGUGGUGGCAACUCGUCAUCAAGAUGAAGCCUCUCCUGGGUGCCACGCGGACGGCGACCGAAGUCAAGCGGAGAGAUGAGAUGAUCCGGCAGUUGCAUGACAAGAUGCGGCAAGAAGCCACGGACCGCCAAAGGCUUGAGGACGAGCGGCGGAACUGCCACACCGAAAUGAUGAGGAUUCAGCAGACUCUGGAAAGCGAGCGCGCUCUGGCCCUGGACAAGGAAGAGAUCUUCAAGCGUCUCCAGAUGCGGGAAGCCGAGCUCGAGGACAAACUGGCCGGAGCUAUCGACGACCAGGAGAGGUUGGAAGACCAGUUUGACGGUGUCCUUGAAGCCAAGAGGCGCGCCGAAGAAGACGUCGAGAAGUAUCGGGCCCAGCUGGAGCAGGCCGUUGCCUUGAUCUCUAGGCUCGAGGAGGAGAAAUCCGAGCUUGCAGGCCGGGUCGCCGACCUCGAGAGGGCCAUCGACGACAUCUCCCAGACCCAGCAGGAGCGGACCGAGCAGGAAACGGCCCUGGAAAGCGAGGUCAAGAUGCUCCAAAGCCAACUGUCGCUCAAGGAUCGCAAAGUUCGCGACCUAGAGGGCAAGCUGCUGAAGGUCGACCAAGAUCUCGAGGUCAAGCUGAUGACGACCCAGAAGGAGCUCCAGGCAUCCAAGGCAAAGAACCAACAGUUGGGCAUGGAGAACCGCGAGGUCCAGCAGCAACUCUCCAAGCUGUCUCAGACUUCGACCGACUACGAGGACCUGGUACGGCAGAAGGAGUCGGAGUUGGCCCUUCUGCGCAACGACAAUAAGAAGUACGAGAUGGAGCGGCGGAAUGUCGAGGAUCAAAAGAAGGCUCUCAGCGCCGACAAGGAAAAGGCGGCAGAAAGGCUGCGCGACGUUCAGGCUGAGCUUGUCGCCAUGAGAUCCCGGCAGUCACAGCUCCUGCGAGAGGCGGAAGACGCCCAGACUCUGCUCCAAGCCAGGCUCUCCGAGGACGCCCAGGCAGACCAGACCCGGCAGCUGCUGGAAUCGCAAAUCAAAGACCUAAAGGAUGACCUUUACAAGACUCAGAUGGAUCUUAGUAGAGAGCGGCAGUCGCGUGACGAUGUCCUUCUGCUCGGAGAGCACAAAUAUGAGACCUUGCAGGAAGAAUAUGAUCGCCUGAACGAGGCCAAGAUUAUCAUUGAAAAGGAGCUCUACGCGCAGCAGGACACCCUCCGACGGACCAUGGAAGCCCGCACCGUUGCCGAGAAGGAGCGCGAUGAGGCCCGUCAAGAAAUCCGAGGCCUACGGGUAGCAAAAUCUGAGGCAGAGGAAGCGCGGCGAGAGGCCGAGAUCGCCGGUGAGCGGGCAGCGUCCAAAGUUGCCCUGGACCGGGAAAACAGCCUCAGGAAGGAUCUCGACGCGGCGCAGGAGCGGCUGAAAUGGUUCGAGGCCGAGUGCACCAAGCUCAACCACCAGGUGGAGGACCUCAACAAGCUUAUCGUCUCUUCCGGCGACUUUGGACUCAAAAACGACCAGGCAAAGGAGCGCCUGGAGCGAGAACUCCAUACCGUGAAGAGUCGGCUCACGGCGUCGGAGAAUGACAACCGCGCCCUUCUCAACAAGCUGCAGCAGAAGGGGCUGGAGAUCGCAAGGUCAACCUCGCGGGCAAGCGAGGCGUCCCGUGGUCAGCUCCAGGUCCUUCAAAGAGACAGGGUGAGGCUUGACGAACAGAACAACAAACUCAAUAAGCAGCUGGGUGAGGCCCAGUUGACGAUUGCCGCCCUCGAAAAGAAGGCGGAGAAGCUGCAGCUGAGCCUCGAAGACCUCAACCACGAGGUUGCCCGCGAGGCCAAGACCAGCCGCAACGCGGAGAAGGCUUCGUCAAACUCACACGCCCAGCUUGCUGAGGCCAACAGGACGAUUGAAUCGGAACGGCAACUGCGUACUCAGGCCCAGGGCACUGUCCGGACUCUGCAGGCAACGUUGGAUUCCCGCGACCAGGAGCUGAUGGAGUUGCGGACACAACUGCUGAGGGCGCUGAAGACGGUCGAUCCCGAAUGCGUCCCCCCUAUCCAGGUAGAUGGCGGCAACGAUAAGAUCGAUAGCAAGACCUUCGACUUGGUCCGGAAGAUCGAAGAGGUGCAACAGAAUCUCCGUGUCCAGACAGCGGGGAGGGCCAAUGCCGAGGCGCAGCUUGCGGAGCUGAGAGCGUCUAGGAAUGACUCCCCAAGUCGCCCGAAACUCGAAGAGAUCAGCCUCAACGAAGCCCCCUUCAACGGGUCGCCAACCCGUAAGCGGACGACCAAGCUGAACGGCCGCAACUACUCGAACGCGUCGACUCCCACUCGCCGGUUCGGCAACAACGAACACGACCAGCCCCAGGACUCUAUCCGGUCGGACCGGACUGCAGACAUCCUCAGCUUCAAUAACCGCAUGGAUCUCAAGACGGAGCUCGAGGAGCUCCAGAACCAGCUGCAACUUGCCGAGAUGCAGAACCGCCAUCUCCAGAGCCAACUCGAGCGCUCGACGCCCGGACCGGACACGUAUCCGGACGAUAGCCCAUCGCUUCGCCGGGUCCAGAAGCUGGAAAAGGCUAACAGCCGGCUGCAUGACAUGCUCGACGACUCCGCUAAGAAAGUGUCCGCCUUGGACAGGGCGCUUCGGACGGGCGAGCUGUCGCUACGUGACAUUCAAACCAAGUCGCACGAGGAGAUACUCGAUCUCCUCAACAGCCAAGAAGAUUCCCGCCGGUCGCUCCUCCACAGCCACAAGGAUGCCGUUUCGGAAUUGACCGAAAUCAAGGAGCACUACGAUAAGCUGAGGCACGAUCGGGCAAAUCUGGAGGUGGACCUCCGUGAUGCCAGGUCUGAUCUCCAGGAGAUGACGGUCUCGCGAGAGCAGGAAGCCGCAAGCCGCAGCCAACUACUGCAGGAGUUCACCGACCUCCAGAUCCGCCUAGACGCGGAGACGUCCAAGUUGGUCGACGUCACGGCAAGCCUCAGCCUCUACAAGAGCAGGGCGGACGAAUACUUCAACAAGCUGGAACAGGCCGAGAUUGCCGUGCUCAAGGCCAACCGUGCCGAGCAGUUUGCCAAGACCCAGGCCAGGGAGGCCGAAGACACAUGCGCGGAGAUCAUGUCGGAGCGCAAGCGCCUCGACUCGACGAUCGAGGAUCUCCAGCGCCAGAACCAGAGGCUGGAGGAGAAGGUCGAGGACAUGUCGACGGACCUCGAGGCGGCCACGCAGGCCAAGAAGAGGCUGCACCACGAGCUGGAGGAUUACCGGAAUCAACGGGCCAUGGACAUUGAAGACAAGGAGUCCAGCAUGGAGCAGACGCGCAAGAAGUACCAGGCCGAGUUCGCGACGCUCGCCAAGGAGCUGGAUCUCGCGCGCGAGGAGAAGCUGUUCAAGCAGGCCGAGAUCACGCGGCUGCGCGACGAGCUCGACGAGCUGCGGUCCAAGUGGGACGACGAGGUGCUCAACAGCUCGACGUGGUCCAAGGAGAAGUCGCGGCUCGAGGCGACGCUCUCGGACGUGGUGUCGUCGCGGGACGAGGCGGUGAACGCGCACAACGAGGCGCAGGGCAAGAUCGUCAACCUCCUGUCGCAGGUGCGCGGGCUCCGGGCGGCGGUGGACGAGGCCAGCUCGGAGCGCGACUCGCUCGUGCGCGAGAAGCGCAGCGUCGAGGCGCGCCUGGAGGAGGCCAAGGCCGGGCUCGAGGAGCUGGCGGCGCGCGGGGCCAGCCCGUCGCUGCGCAGCGCGGCCAGCACGGACCGGGAGCUGCUGGAGCUCAAGAGCGGGCUGGCGCAGCACCAGGACAUCGCGGCGGCGGCGGUCGAGAAGAUGAGGCGCGCCGAGGCGCUGGCCGGCGAGAUGCAGAGGGACAUGACGGCGGAGAGGGAGGCGAGCGCGGAGCUGCAGAGGCAGAAGGCGGCGCUGGAGAAGGCGCUCAAUGAGGCGCAGCUGAGGCUCAUUGACCUUGAGACGAAGGGGUACUCGAGUGCCAGCCAGGAUAUCAAGUUCCUGCACAAGCGGAUUCAAGAGCUCGAAUCCCAGCUCGAGACCCAAGAGACGGAGCGCAGCAAGUCGCAGCGGUCGGUGCGCAACGUGGACCGGGUGGUCAAGGACCUCCAGGGCCAGAUCGAGCGGCGCGACAAGCAGAACGCGCAGCUGCAGGACGACGUGGGGCGGAUGCGCGACAAGGUGGACAAGCUCCUCGGGGCGAUCGAGGAGCUGCAGGCAUCCGAGUCGUCGAACCAGCUCUCGGCGCGGCGGGCGGAGAGGGAGCUCAGGGAGGAGAGGGAGAAGGCGCUCAAGCUGGAGAGGGAGCUCGAGGGGUGGAAGUCGCUGCGGAUGGAGAAGAAGGGGCUCGCGGCCGGAGGCGGGGGAAGCGUCGCCGGGAGCGUGGCCGGGAGCGUCGUUGGCGCCGGUAGUGUGCGGCGCCCGUGGAGGCUGACGGGCGAGGACGGGGCUGUGGAGGUGCCGAGGCGGAAGAGCAGUAUUGGGAGGGCGCCGAGCCUGACGAAGGGGUUCUUGUGAGGGAGCGGAGGGGAGCGGCAGCUGUGGAAAAGGGGAAGUGCGGGCGUGUGUGUGGACGUGGAUGUCUGUCUAUCCAGAUGUCAAGUUAAUAUGCGGCAGUUGCAUGGGCUUGGUCGGUCAGGGGCAAGGGGUUUUCUCUCUGUCUCUGUCUUUUUGUUUUUGCUCUCUUUUGGAUCGGCAUCGAUAGGGGCGUAUUGUUCGUUACACGAUUUCUAGCUCUGUUUGGUAGUCACGAUAUCGGAGACGGCUAUGGCAUGUUAGUGACGAAGGGAAUGAUCAGAUCAUUGAGUCAGA